CAGUGUUUUCCAAUAUGUACUCGAACUUUAAAACAUUUGACAUGUUUGUGCUUGAAACAAAUACAUAAGUAGAUAUACACAUAAAGGAGGGAAGGGUAGCAAGAAAAAUGAGAGGACGACAGUCGUAGAGAAACCGCAUGACUUAUUUAAGGGCGUUAAUGUUGAAACGGCGUCAUUUUUCUCUUCACACCUACACUGAUACGGAGAUGAUCUACACGGCUACUUGUACGCGAAGACCAGCAUUCAUGGCACGGUAUGCUGAAUUAUAAAAACAUAUUUUUAUUUAUAUUUUUAAAAUAUAGACUGUAACGUAAGGUAUUUCGAACUGAUUCACUUUAAAUGUUCUUAUUUAGAUUUGUGGAGCAAUCGUUUUGAACACCUCAUGCAUCUUAAAUUACUCUAACGAGUAUAAUAGCAAAAACAAAAAAAAAAAAGAAAGAAAUUACUCAUCAAACUCCCUGAUGUGUUUCGUAUAUACAUGAAAUAUUUCUAACUAUCUAAUAUAUAAUCAAGCUUCAGACACUGAGCGCAAAAUAAAAGGGAAUAUUUUCAUUUAAUCAAUAUAAACAUGAAAUUAAUAGUCAUCUUAAUUUUUACGCUAAUUGGAAGCAUUUCGUCCCAGAAAAGCGCGCUCCGAAAGAUGUUAUUUAACAAGUACGAUAAAACAAAGAGACCUGUUGAAUCCGAUGACGACAUCAUAUACGCAAAUGUAUCACUUACGCUAAAGAAAAUUAUAGAAUUAGAUAUUCUAAAAGGUGCACUCGCAAGUAAUCUUAUACUCGGCUUCGAAUGGAACGACGUUAAUCUGAAAUGGACUGAUACACAAUAUAAUAUAGGGUACAUAAAUGCCAAAUUAAGUGAUGUAUGGUAUCCUAACGUACAAAUAUGUAAUAGUGUAACAGGUAAAUUUAGUUUUGAUGAGAACAAAGAAGUAACAAUAAAUAGGAACGGAGACGUUCACUUAUAUAUAGACAAAAUAUUCGAAACUUACUGCAAGAUUAACGUUGAAAAAUAUCCUUUUGAUGAGCACGUGUGUGAUAUAUCUGUUUGCUUUGCGCAUCAGUUGUAUGUGGAAGAAACAGUGGGUAAUUUUGAUUACGACAUAAAACUCCAAUCUGAAUCUAGUCAAUGGGACUUUGAUUUUGAAACAUCUGAUGUGGAAAAUGAUAAUAUUGUAGCAGUUGGUCUUAUACUUCACGGCAAGAGAAAAGUUAGCAGUGCAACAGUAACAAAAAUUAUACCUCCAAUAAUGUUAACUUUUUUGAUCAUUUCUGUCCAUUUACUACCACCUGAAUCUGGAGAAAAAGUUUCUGUUGCAAUCACUGUUUUUCUUACAAAUAUCGUUUUCCUUUCUGAAACUGAAAAAACAUUGGGUAAUAAUUCUCGUGAAGCAUCUAUAUAUCUAAUAUAUCUCUUAAUUCUGACACUUGUCAGUGGAUGUUCUUCUAUUUCCGCGGUAAUUGUGUGUAAAUUGUACGCGAACCAGACUGGAGCCAACACCAAUUCCGCUCCCGAAAUCACACAAGAAUCAAACGGAAAAAGAAAUAGAGUUGGUGUCUCAGAAAUUUCAGAUGAACAAAAUAUUAAAAUAAAAGCUAUAAAGCCUUGUAUAAAGCAUUUAUUAAGCUAUAAGAAACUGGACCAAAUAAUUUUGUCAAUAAUUGUUAUAUUUCUACUACUCUUUAUCAUUAUUUCCUUGUCGACAUCUUCGUAGUAGUAGUAAAAAAAAUGAAACUACCAUUACUUUCAGUGUGUACGAAAAGCUUUGAAAUAGUAACUAAAAUAAUAAUAUUUUCAGUAUCAAAAAUUAGAAACCUUAGAAAUGAUAGUAAACAACAAAUAUUAAAGCACAACGGAUGCCAUUAAUUCUAUAUUUCGCCUCUGAAUGACUGAAAACGACGCAAUCUCCGCAUUGUUUACUGAGCUUUCUGUAAAACUUCCGAAUGAGUUUUAUAAAGAUAAUUUUUACAUCAUCUUUCAACUACUCUUUUGAAAUAUAUACCAUGCAUAGAAUGGAAUCAUAAUAUAGAGAAUGAAAAUGAAAAUAUAAAGAGAAAGAAAAAGGAAACCACGUUAAAGAUACGCAACGCUGUCAUUUGAUUUUAUCACAAUUACUUUUCUCGAGAACGUAUAGAAAUACCUGCUUCUUUUGUGAAGGCACAAAUAUUAUAUAUUUCCAAAUGCAGAUAUAUAAAUAGUGAAAUGCAUUGUGCUUUAAAUCCAUUGCAUAUGUUCUUUGUGUAAAACUGGUACUUGGAACUGUCCAUUUGUGUACAUUCUAUACAAUUAAUAGUUUUAGAAAUUGCUGAGAAAAUGGAAUUUAAGACAGUACAUUCUAAUCGCAAAUUUACACAGGAAUUCUCUUUUGAAAGACAGAUAGAUGAAUGUUAACAUGAUACUCAUGGUAUUGGAACUGAGAAAGUAAUGCGAUCAUAUUUAACAGCAUUUUAAUUAUACUUUGUUCUAUUGCUUGUCCUUCGCAAAACGUUGAAGCAUCCUUUUCUACGAUUUAUACUUUCGAUAUUUUUGCUAUUGCACACAUAAAGCAACAAUUUUGAUGUAUUAUUGGGUGCCGUUUUAGUUAUGGAUAUGUAUGUGUAUACGCAUACUUAUUUAUGUAUAUUUAUGUAUAUCAUGAUUUACUGUGCUGCUUUUAAAUUU